UCUCUUGUUCUUGUUUCCACAGAUAACAGAAAAACAACACCGAUUGUUGCUGAUUGCACUGGCUCCAAGAUAUUAGCAACGGCACAGCACACAUACCAAAGGAAGUGAACAACUGUCGGCGGUUAUGUAGGCCACAAUGAUUGUCUGUGACUGAAGUGAUAACACCUCCACCCGAAGACGAAGAAGAAGCCAAACCAAAUACAAUCCUAUCGGUACGGGGUGCGCGCACCCAAUAUCGCGGUGCACGACAUCGGUUGUUCACUGUGGAGAAGUGAAAAGUGGUGAACAGGUUGAAGCAACAAGCUUGGAAGAAAUCUAGGAUACACCAGUAAAUCCAUCGGUGUUUCACCGGCGGAGACCCAUACACCGAUCAAACUGGAUACCAUGUCCCAUCACAGUGACGACCAGCUGCUGCAAGCUGGCAGCGAUUCCUUCUGGGAACCGAACAACUACAAACGAACCACCAAACGAAUAGAGGAUGGUUACAAAUUGUGUACAGACCUGCAAACCCUAAUCCAGGAGCGAGCCGAGAUCGAGAAGGGAUAUGCCAAAAGUUUGAAAACCUGGUCCAAAAAAUGGGGUGAACUCAUUGAAAAGGGACCCGAAUAUGGCACGACUGAAGCCGCCUGGAAAGGUAUCCUCACGGAAGCGGACCGGCUAUCCGAUGUACAUCUGAAGGUCAAGGAAAAUCUUUGCACCGACGUGAUACAUCAAAUCAAGGUUUGGCAAAAGGACAACUACCACAAGACAAUGAUGCAAAUCAAGGAGCGCAAAGAGAUGGAGGAUCAGUUCAAAAAGGCUCAGAAACCUUGGGGCAAAUAUCUGACCAAGGUGGAGAAGUGUAAAUACGACUACCAUUCGGCCUGCAAAUCGGAACGGUCCGCCACUAAUCAGGAAAGGAACGCCACGAGUGAUUCGUCGCUAUCCACCGAUCAGUUGAAGAAAAUCCAGGAAAAAACGUCAAACCUAAAGGAAACGGUGAACAAGUGUCGAGACAAGUACAACGCUGCUCUCGCCGAGAUCAACAAGUACAACCCAAUCUACAUCGAGGAUAUGACCUCGGUAUUCAUGAAGUGCCAAGAGAUGGAGGAAACGAGGUUACGGUUUUUCAAGAACGUGCUCUUCUCCAUACACAAAUGUCUCAACUUUUCCGAGGAUCCAAGCCUGCCGCAGAUCUACAAAGAGUUCCAUCACACCAUCAACAAUGCCGAUCACCAGAAGGAUUUAAAAUGGUGGUCCAACAACCACGGCGUCAACAUGGGUAUGAGUUGGCCGGCCUUCGAGGAGUACACCGAAGAGUUCCGCGACAUUGCGAAGGGCAUCAAGUCGAAAGAAGCGUUACCGACUGCGCCGAUCACGCUUAUCCAUCAGCGACCCGUGGCCGAAGAUUUGCAUGAAUAUCCCCCACCCGCAAGCAAUAACAACAAAAACAGCAUCAACCGAACGUCGGCCACCCUCAGUAUUAGCAAUUCGACCAGCAACAACAACGGCGGCCAGCAGCGUGCCACGACGCCAAGCCAGGAGUCACCCAAGUCUGAGACGGCAUCACUGAAACACAGCAGUAGUGGCGGAGGCGGAGGCGGAAAUGUCGCCGUGACGACCCCGACAAGAACCUCACCAGGACGUUCGGGCUCGGUUGUGACUAAUGGUACGAAUGGCAAGGCCAACGAUUCAGCAAACCCGUUUGACGAGGAAGAGGAAUGGGACGAAGGCGAUGGCAAUGAUAACAUUUUGGUGGACAACGGUGAACCAGGAGUUCCGGUCAAGGCACUUUACGACUACGAAGGAGCCGAAAGCGACGAAUUGUCGUUUAAGAUUGGCGAAGUUUUCGAAAAGCUAGAGGACGAGGACGAGCAGGGUUGGUGUAAGGGAAGAAAGGAUGGUCGCGUCGGGUUGUACCCGGCCAAUUACGUCGAAGCGAUAUCGACGUAAGUAAAGGAGCUGCUCGUUGCUAGCUAGUUUGUCUGUGGCCGAUUUCACCACCACCGAAAGCUGCUCAACAUUUUCUUACUACACCUAUCUCUAUCGUGAAGGUUGAAAAUUUCGGUUCCUGGCAGCUACUCAAUUGUUGAAGUAGCACGUAGCACGAUUUCCGGCAAUGAAUUUUGUUUGAAAGAAGGGAAAAAUUAGACGCAGUAGAGGAGGAUAGUUUGUUGCGAUUGAUGGACGGAUUGUUUUCCCUGUAAGAUAUAUUUAUGUAAAAAUAACACGCAAUUACGACGAAUCGUAAUACGUGUUUUCUAUCAUUUUUUUCUUAAAGCAAUCGUAAGAAAUUUGCGGCUAGUUUUCCGAUUUGAGCUUAAGAUACUCUCCAUUUAAUAUAAUCAUCUUUCAAACUAUCUGCUGCAUUUGAAAUGUUAAGUAAUCAACACAAGUCAGCGAAUGGUUUUGUUUCUAUCCGGUAUUGGAUUGGUAUUUGAAAAAUCAAAUUUUUAUUCAGAAUAUGUUUACCAACAAGUUUUAUGUAUCGAUGCCCUUAUUUUAGAUUGUAAUAUAUGGCUUUUAUUACUAACUAGCAAUAGUCUGAAAGAAGGUACGUUGUCAGUGCAUCUAAGCCCUGUAGGAUACAGACUGAAACUUUGAUGAAAGCAGUGGAGUAGGUUUUCAAAACCAUCUUAGGUCUCUGCGAUUUCCCAAAAAAAAAAAAACAAAGAUGGGAUGAAUAUAGUCACGUUUGUUUAUAUAAAUAGAUUUAUGAACUGAAAAGCAAGAAUACAAAACAAAAUGAUAGAAUCAAACAUGAAAAAAAAAAAAUAAGCUAAGGUGCAUUUACUCGUAGCAAAGUUUCUUGAACUUGAAAAAAUUAGUAAGCAGAACGAAUAUACACUUUGAAACCAAGAUCAGUCAAUGUCCAAUUUUCAUUAGCUGUUUACUAAUGCAAAGAAGAUUGCAUACAAAUCCAAAAGUGAAUUUCUCGAGCCAAUAAUCGAUUUCUAUUUAACAAAACCACAAUUGGAGACACAUUUGCCAAAACAUUCAAAUACAUGGGACUACAAAUUUACGAAAAAAUAUUCUUUCAAACAGGUAUGAACGAACCCUCUCAAAUACCAAUUUACAAAAA